UAUCAAUUUACUUGUGUUCUGAUCCUACUCUCAAAUUAUCUUUCCGAACCGAUUUUUAUCUGGCAUAAACCAUCCCUCGCUAGAUUUCCUCUUGAGCACCAGAAAGCAAAACAGGUCCUGACAGCAAAAUGUCAACAAAUUUCGAUCUCAUUGUUGUAGGAGGUAACUUAUCUACCAGCCUAGUACUUGGCAGUAUAUUAAUGUUGACUGAAAACUCUAGCUGGUCCAACUGGACUUUUCUCCGCUGUUCUCGCUAGACAGUUGGGACUCACAGUUUGCGUUAUAGGUAAGCGAAUCUCGCUACUCAUAGUAUGAAGAGGGCAUUCACUGACAAUUUUGAAGAGAAACGGCCUGGCCCUCUAGAUCUUGGGAGGGCUGAUGCCUUAAACGCCCGCACGCAGCAAGUUCUAGAUGUUGCCGGUGUCUUGAAAGACCUUCGACCGUUUGGUCUUCAAUGCAACAGUAUGUUCCUUUCCUCCAAAUUACAGCGUAAGACUAAUAAGUCUUGCAAAAAGCGAGUUCAAUUUUCAAAGAUGGUGAAUUCCAAAGUCGCAACAAUCGGUGGUGGACAAGUCUCAAAAACACAGCCUACAAAGAAUUUCUCAUGAUUGGACAAUCCGACGUUGAGAAGGCUCUUGUAAAAAAUCUAGAUGUCGCCGUUCUUUACGACACAGAAGUUGAGUCUUUCUCGGAGACCUCAACCGGAGCUUCAGUAGUCACCAAGAGAAAGACCCUAACAGCAAAAUACGUCAUUGGAGCAGACGGAGGGCAAUCCCAAAUUCGCAAGGGCUUGAACAUCGAUUUCGUAGGGGACAAGCCAAACAUGUGUUGGGCUGUUCUGGAUACUUUUAUCAAAACCGACUUUCCACUUUGUGAUGAGAUUAUCAGUUUCGAGGAGAAUGGUCAGAGUAGAGUCUCGUGGAUUCCUAGGUAUGUCUUCUACAAAUUUAUUGGGAUUUCUGGAUAGAUCUGAAUCAAUUGGCUAACCCCACCACAGAGAGAGGGGAAUGGCAAGAUUUUACAUCUUACUCGAUGGAGAAGUCACCCAAGAAAGAUCCGAGGAGUCAAUCAGAAGUCACAUGAAGCCAUAUAAAGUUGAGUUUGUUAAAACAGAAUGGUUCUCAACAUACAAUGGUAUGCUCAUUCUUCUCUUGUGAUUAUCCAGAAGCUGAUACAGUUACCACAGUGCAAGAACGAGUAGCAGAAACUUUCCUGUCUCCUUUGGGACGAAUUGUUCUCGCAGGAGAUGCAAGCCAUAUCCAUGCCGUGAACGGAGGCCAAGGACUCAAUACAGGGAUAGCGGAUGCUUUCGCACUAACAUGGCGACUUUACUUCGCAAUUAGAACCCAAACACCAACCGGCCCAGCACUACCACAUGUCUUAACUUCUUACGAUGCCGAAAGAAGAAUUACUGCUGCUUCUGUCGUCAAUGUAGCCAGUAAAUUAGUCCGCAGUACCUUGAAAACCGCACAAGAGUAUGUCGAGCUGGUCGAGGCAAGUGCUAACAAUAUCACUGGCAUGGGUAUCACUUAUGCACCCAACGCACCAACGGUUAUCGAAGGGACUGUUGGAGACUUUGUAGCUGGUGCUCGCUCCCCUGAUAUUGAUUUUGUGAAAGCUGGUGUUGUCAAAUUGCGCCUUUACGAAUUAUUGAAGUACGGGGACUUUGUCGUCAUUAAAUCACCAGAGAUCAAGUUUGAUACAUACUCCGCCCCAUCUUGGUUAUCAGGAAAACUUCGAGUCUGGAACAUCGAGAAACAUGGAGAUGGAUGGGCUGUCACAACAGAGUCGGGGGCAAGACUUAUCACAGACGCGCCUUUUGCUGAGAAUUCCGCGGUUGUUAUCAGACCAGAUAUGUAUACUGGCUUCGCUGGUCAAGAUCCCACAGUUUACUUUCAACAAUAUAUUGUGUAG